UUUCAGCCCACUGCAGUGACGGGCCCGCUUCAACACUCUACCUAGCUGCAGCGCGUCACAGCUCAGACCUCUCCAAGUUCCAGAAACGGGCCUCAACUUGUCAACGAAGCUCCUCCAUCUCCAUUCCGCUUGCUUCAACUGAUUCCACAAACUCGACUUGAAACAUUUACACCAUUGACUUUCUUUCGCUUCUUAUAUAUGAUACCCCAGGCCACCCUCAACCGACUACGACUAGGCCAGAGACACCCCCCAGCCGGCGCUAACAACAACAAGAACAACACAAUGAGCUUCGCUAUCGAGGUGCCCGGCGAGGCAGCCCCUCUAAACCUCCUCGAGCUUGCCCGGACGCUAGAGUACGCCGCCCUUUCUACAGACCACACCCAGAGACAGUCAGCCGGCCAGCAGCUUCAGUCAUGGGAGUCUCGCCCAGACUACCAUGUUUCUCUACAGACCGUCUUCCUCGACAAGUCCAUAAACAACUCCGUCCGCUUUCUCGCAGUUAUCCUGCUCAAGAACGGAAUCGACAAAUACUGGCGACACACUGCGAAACAUGCGAUCCAACCCGCCGAGAAACAGUUUAUUCGCUCGAGGCUACUCCAGGGCUCAGUCGGCGAGGAGGACAAGACCCUCGCACUACACAACGCCCUUGUCAUCGCAAAGAUUGUCCGCAUAGACUACCCCAACGACUGGCCAGACGUCAUCCCGAGCAUCAUCAAUGUCACGAGGAGCGCCAGAACAGAGAGUGCUCUUGCCCUCAGCGGAGCUCUGCAGGUGCUGCUGCGGGUAGUCAAAGAGCUCGCAACAGCGCGGUUGCGGAGGUCCCAGACCGCUCUUCAGGCCGUUACACCCGAGCUUGUCCAAUUGCUCGGUGAGAUAUAUACCGAGCGGACGGCCGCAUGGCAGCAGUUCUUCGCGAGGGGUGGCAGCGGCGAUGAAGAUGAGGCCGACUACUACAUGCAGAACAGCCUCACAGCCCUCAAAAUCUUACGUAGGCUGGUCACCGUUGGCUACGAACAUCCCCAUACCGAUCCGAUGGUCCAGGGUUUCUGGUCGCUGUCGCAAUCCCAAUUUGACCAGUUCCUUACCGGCGUCAGCUCCGAGUCGCACAUCCCUGCCCCUUUCCAGGACUCGGUGGGCAAGCACUUGAUCCAGUUCACGAAACUGCACAUCGACAUGUGCGAUUCCCACCCGGCCAGCUUCCCUCUGCUACCGAAUUCCAUUCCGCUCGUCAAGGCUUACUGGAAUCUGGUAAAGCAAUUCUCAAAUGAGUUUGAAAAGUCGGGCGGCAUCAGGCAAACGGGCUCCGAGAACCACGACGGUAGCGCCAAACACGAAGGACCGCUCUCGGAGAAGCUGGCCCUUAAAGGUCUUUUGCUGCUUAGAAGCUGUGUGUCGAUUGCCCACAGGCCGAUGCAGACUUUCAAAUACAAGAGCCCAGAGGUCAAGAAUCAGGAAAGAGAGGCCAUGGAACUUGUCAAGGACCAACUAUUGACAAACAGCUUCCUGCUGGAUAUUGUUCAAGUAACCAUCAGUAGGCUAUUCAUCUUCCGGCAGUCCGAUCUCGAGGCAUGGGAAGAAGACCCGGAAGGGUGGGAGGCUGCGGAGCGUAACGAAGGUCAAGCAUACGAGUGGGCUGUUCGGCCUUGUGCUGAAAGGCUGCUCAUUGACCUCCUGACGCACUACAAGGAGCUUGGGCAACCACUUCUUACAUACUGCGAAUUUGCGACCAAGGUCGAUAUGGAUAUCGUCACCAAGGAGGCGGCUUACUGCGCUCUUGGGUGUGCAGCCGCUGUUAUUCACGAGGCCUUCGACUUUGACCGUUUUCUAAAGACUACGCUGGUGAAGGACGCACAGAUCCAGGAUUCCAUGUCCAAGCUGCUCCGUAGACGGAUAGCCAUUCUGCUCAACCAGUGGAUCUCGAUCAAGAUCACCGAGGAAAGUCGACCUGCCGUCUACGAAAUCUUUAGACACUUGAUGAACCCUGACGACCCGCAUAACGAUCAGGUUGUCCGUACCACUGCUGCGCGCGAGUUUAAGGGGAUUGUGGACGACUUUGGGUUCCAGGGCGAGCAGUUCCUACCGUUUGCCCCCGACGUCUUCAACCAGCUUAUGGGGCUCCUCCAGGAGGUUGAAAGCGAUGAGACCAAGUUGACUGUUCUCGACACUAUUCGGGCGAUUGUGCAGCGAAUGGAGACUCAUAUUACUCAGUUUGGCGACGCCAUUAUGCUGACUCUUCCCAAGUUGUGGGAGUCAGCUGAGAAGGAGGAGUAUAUGAUCAAGCAGUCUAUUCUGGCCAUCAUGUCUGCGCUCGUUGACUCGAUGCGUGGGGACUCUCAGCGGUACCAACCGGCGAUUAUCCCCCUGCUGCGUGAGGCUAUGGAACCCGAGUCUGCCCUUCACCUCCACCUUAUUGAAGAAUCGGUAGCUCUGUGGAAGUCCGUAACCACACAAAGCUACCCUCCCCUCCACCCCGACCUCGUACAAAUGGUUGAGCUUGCUCUGCCCCUUCUUGAGUACGAUUCGGAAGUAGCAAACCAGUGUCUCGAAGUUGUAAAGAACUACAUCCUCCUCGCGCCCCGCGAGAUCCUCGACGAUCGCCUACGCCGUCCCACCCUCGCAGCCCUCGUCAAGACACUCGAUGCCCGCUCUCGCGAGCAAUCCCAGACCGGUGCCAGGUCCAUCGAGCUGAUUCUGCGCAUUGCCGAGAAUAUCGGGGGCGUCCAAGGGCUGCAGGUAGUUGUCCAGGACAUGCUGGAAAUCGGCCUCCUCAACACCAUCUUCGAGGGCCUCCACAGCGCCUGGGAGGCAAGCACAACGCACGGCCCCAACAAGAAGGUCAGCCAGAUCAACACGAUCAAGCAGACGGACUACUUCAUGCUGCUAGCGCGCAUCGCGCUCGGCGAUCCUACAGUGUUUCUGACCAUGUUGGCCGGCAUCGCGACGACCGCCGGGUCCACCGCCGAACAGGUGUGGGAGUGGCUGGGGACUUUGUGGUUCAACAACUUUGAUUGCAUGGCCGAGGUCGAACGGCAGAAGCUCAGCAUGUUGGCGCUCACCCGCCUCUGGGAGCUGCCGGACCCCAUGGUGCAGGAAAAGAUUGUGCUCGCGAGGCUGCAGGAUUUCUUGGCGAUGUGGACGAGUGUGGUGACGGAGCUGGCGGCGAGCGAGGAUGAUCAGUCGCUGACUGAACAACAAGAUUUCCGACAAUCGAUAAACUCAACAUCGAAAGAGCAGCUAGCGGGAGGGAGUACUAACCCGAGGGAUUACCUGGUAUGGGAUCCCAAUAACUUGCCUAGUUACGAGUGGGAUACCCCACUCGAUGUGACGGAACGGCAGUUUGCGCUGAAGGAUCCAGUGCAUAGAGUGGAAGCGUACGAGUUUGCGAGGGAACGGUUGCAGGGGUUGGUGCAGAGGAUGGGUGGUGAGCAGCAGUUUGAGGCGGAGUGGGCGGUUAAUGUGGAUAAGGAUGUGCUGGAGGGGUUUAGGAGGUUGGGGGAGGGGAGGUAGAGGGUUGAGGUCUUGGGAAGGUUGUGGAUUCAGGGUGGUGAGGGGGGCAGGAGGACGAGAAUUGAGGAGGAGGGAAAGGGGGCAUGGAAGAAAGCUCGGGAUUAGAGAAAGAGGAUACCAAACUUGAGGAAGCAGCAUUUCGUCUGUUAGGGGGGUAAUACGGUGACUGGGUCUGGGUUUGAAAUCCGGUAUAUUAUACUUCACAAACAGUUAUUCACGCCACGCAACUCCCUUUUCAAGGAGAGUCUUCGUGGAAGUUAACCGGCUUUCGGCAACGAGCUCAAUCAAUGAAUCAUGAGAUCGGUAAACAUACUCGCAUCUACGCAGUAAGUGUACUUGAUUCAUAACGAUGUACACAGCCCCUG